CCGACGACGUUCGAAUGUCACUGACUCAUUUCCACCUUGUUCGAUAGUAACAGUUUUAGUACCGUGUACCGAAACUUAAUUUUACGUUCUCGACAUCUGAUUUCCCUCGUCUCUCUUGCUCCAUAACUUGUUAGAGUUUCCCUUCGGUAGGUGAAAAAUGACAGGACAUAUUUUCAGAUACUUCCUGGAUGAAAUGACGCAAGGCCCUUUACAUUUGCAUUAAUGACAAAGUGUUUACUUGAAGAUAAUUGUAACAGACAUGUCCUUUAGCUAUUAAGUUUAAAGGAUACAGUGCAAAAUCCUGGAAGUCCUCAAUGCAAUCUCUGCCUUGGACUGGUUUAUAGUUAAAAUGCAAAAUUGAAUGAGCAACCAUUGUCAAGAAAUUACCGGCAGAAUUGGUCCAAGGGAAAUGUUUCGAUGAAAUUUUUCGCUAAGUGUAAAGAGACAGCGACUAAAAUGUAAGGAAAGAGAAGGGAAAAGUGUGUGAGAGAGGGAGAGAAAGAGAGAGAGAGAGAGAAAGAGAGAUUUGAGAUGAAAAACCGAACGGAUGAAGAGUUGAUAUGAAAAAUUACAUCUCUCCGUUACAUCAACCAUAUAAUCUAUCAUUCCUUUAAUGAAAAACAUCAUUCCUAGCAAGAUUUUGAGUGGAUAAAAGGAAAGAGAAUAAAUAACCAAGAAGAUACUAUAAAAAUGUGUAGUUUUGCAAGGAAUGAGACGGAAAAAUAACUGCUACUGCAAGUCAAUGCUCACUGAUCGUGGACCACAGAAUAAAUCGUCGCCUCCCGCAAGUUUCCAAGGGUUUCCAAGAUGUGCGAAGUAUACGAUUACAAAAUAUAACAAUCUCAUUAUAACGUGCGCGUUUUCGUUCCAAUAGUAUUUAAUAAAUUGGCACCAGUGAUUAAGCUCAAUUUUAGUCAUUCAAGUUUAGAAAUUCCUUUUCGACAAACAAUGCCAGUGCAAUCUAAAUUCAAAGAUUGUGGAAAGCUCCUACAAAAAAAGUAUUUUUGCCAAGUUGGACAACAUGGAUUUAGAAACGUUAGACAAAUUGUAUAUUGCAUGAUGUAAAGUAACAUCAUCCAAAAUAUCAAGACUGGAUAAUCGGAUUACAUCGAUGUGAUUUUUAGAAGAAUAAAAAAGUGUAAAGUUGGAGAGCCGCUCGAAGAAAUAGUGAGAAAAGAAGAGUUUAAAGUUAUCCUUAUUAUUUUUCAAUUCAAUUUAAACCGUUGAACAUUUUAUGGUGGUGACACAACGAUGGAACAUCGCUGAGGUCGCGAGGUCACCGCAGAAUGCCUGAGCCGAGGGCAAAGCGCUGUAAACACUGUGACGAGUCUGGGCACAGGUUAGACAGCGGCUCUGCUUUUUGGAGGAUUCAACUGGAUCAAGACCUCCUUGAUACAAUUAGUGCUAUUUAUCCAGAGUGGUUUAAGGAUUACACAAACUCCAGAGCUUCUACGUCUUCUUCGGGCUCUUCCAAUCUCGAAUUGAACGAUGGAACUUCAGCAACGCUGACUGAAAAUUCCGACGUCAUACUUGAACAGAGGUUACACAAGAUUGCCAAAAGCGACUCCAAGACUAAAUCCAAAGCAAACAAGUCCAGUAACCUUAAAGAUAGAGAAAGGGAGAAGAAGAAGGAGAGGAGAGAUUUUGGAGACGAAAAGGAUCAUUCCUUGGAGGGCAUCGAGGAGAUCAGUAAGAAAGAAACAAGGGUUUAUCCGCAGCGAGAGAAAACACCGGACGUGGUAGCUAGAGCCACGAGUCUCCAAGGAUCCGGAGCAGGAGCAGAAGCAGGAUCAGGAUUGAGAUCCGAGAUGGCGGAGGGCAAUCAGUCGCCGCCAAAGGCGGAGGUCGACGACUCGCCGCUUCAACACUCCAUGGAUCGCAACAAGGAAUCACUAAAGGUGAAGUUGAUGCUGAGGCGACCAAUCAAUCAACUCGUGGCACAAGGAAUUAUGCCCCCUUUGAAAACGCCACCUGCAUUUUUUGAACAACGAAAGCAGUUGGAACGAGCAAAAACAGGCGAUCUCUUGAAGGCUAAAAUUCAACAGAGGCCUGGUAGGGAUGAACUGGUGCGUCAGCACAUACUAGAAGAUAUUAGACAUGUGGAUCCAAGUCUUGCUGAAAAGCAGCGAAUGCUGAAAAAAGCUAGGCUAGCGGAUCAACUCAACGACCAACUUAGUCAUAGACCUGGACCUCUUGAACUUAUCCAAAAGAAUAUUCUUCAUACGGAAGGACCCAUUGAAAGAGCAGUGAAAGAGGGUCACAUUCCUUUCAAGGCUACAUGCGAGGGCCAGGUUACGAAGCCCCAACACCCUGACCACUACAUAACUUACGAGGACGAUUCUCAAAGUUCCGAAGGUGCGCCAUCGCCUUCUUUGGAAUCUAGGUCCGAUGUCCUGGAAACAGCUGCAGCUUCCGCAGGAAUUGUCACAGUUUCCUUGAGUAUACCGACAACUGGCGGUGCUGUUGUUGUCACGUCGACAUCUCCUGUUUUUCAACAGGCUUCGACGGAACCAACGAUACAGACUUUUGCCGAGCUGUGUAAUUCGGUUGCUGGUAAUCAGCAACAGCAGCAACAAGAAAGUCUUCAACAUAAUCAUCAUAUUUCGACGCAGGCAAGUCAAGCGAAUGGACCCACGUCGACGCUUCUCCCGCUGGCACCAGCGCCGAGUCCCAUGUCCCUGGGUUCGACGACAUCCAGCCUGAGUCCACUUUCGAAUAUUUCGAUAGCAUCUCCUCCCGCUCCACCUCCUGCCGCCAUCACCCCAAGGCCUCAACCGAGUCCGAUCGCCACCGCCACCGCCGCCUCCACUUGUCAAAGGAGCGACGCGCCAGGCAAAGACAAGAAUCGGAAGAAGUCCAAAACCAAAAGUCAACCUAAAACACGUACAAUCAAGUUUCAUGAAUAUAAAGGUCCUCCAAAUGCCCAAAAGACCUCAGUAUCGUCUAUCCCGCCCGGCCACAUAACCGCACAACCCGACGAAACAAGCUAUGAGUUGUUACUUCGUCAGCAGCAAAUGUAUCUCCAAUUUCAGAUCGAUUUGCAACACAAGUUCCCUCAAAUCAUACUUCCGGCCUCACAGAAGUCGCUUAAUCUUCCGAGUAGCGGAGCAAGCGACGCUGGCAGUGUCAGUGGCGGUAGUGUUAAUGCACCAAGUCCUGCUCCCUCGAAUUCCUCAAAUAAUCCCACAGAACAACCGCCAUUGAGGCCUCUGGGCAAAUUGGAAGAUAUGAAAGUGAGCGAUCUCAAAGUCGAGCUGAAGAGGCGGAAUCUUCCUGUAUCUGGAUCGAAACCACAAUUAAUCGAAAGAUUGAAGCCCUUCACGGAAUCGUCAAGCUGUGGCUCCAUGUUGAACUCAAAUGGACCUCACGUCACUCACAUGGGUCACAUACUAAUGGAUACUCCUGGACCGAUGACGUUGGACGAGUCGAGUUCGCAAGCGAGAAGUCCAAGUUCGGUUCCUGUCAAAGAUGAGCCUUAUAGUCCACGGAUCGAUUCGCCGCCUGGAAGCGAGCAUGAUGAUCCAUCGAGCCCCCUUGGUGAUGACAUCAUCAGAGAACAGCGGAAACGCAUUGAAGAAUUGCAAAGAGAGCUGUACAAAUCUCAACAGCAGCUUCAACAAAUACGUCAAACUCAGCCCACAACUGUUCGUGCCGAAAAGCUAGUCCUCCAGCAGCAUAUCCAGAACAAGAUGCAACAACAGCAGUUAGCUUUUCACUUGCAACAUUUACAGAAUUUACAGCAGCAGCAACAGCAGCAGCAGCAGAAACAGCAACAGCACCAGCAGCAGCAGCAGCAACAAACGCAACAGCAGGCUCAACAGCAAACGCAACAGCAGCACGCUACUUUCCAACAACUCAAUGCUAAAGCUAGUUUAGCAGCAUAUUUACAAGCUCAGCCAAAUAACAGCAAUGCUGUUUUAGACUCUGCGUCUUUAACAGCGAUAAAUAAUAAGAAGAAUCAAAUCAAAAACAAUACCACUGUACAGUUGCCUACAGCAAUUGUGCUUAAUUUAGCGAAAGCGACAAAGCUUAACGGCUCUUUGCUGGGUGCCUUAGUAGCUCAAGCACAAACGCAGCAACCAAGUUCUACGACAGAUGAUAUUAAGCCCCCUCCACCUCAGUACGAUGAAGCAGCCAAAUUAUUAAAGGUCAAGAUAGAGCCUGCUCAGAAGAGUCACAUAAAGAGUCAAGUUGUCGAUGACGUUUUGGAAAUUUUAAUAAAGAAUGGAGAACUGCCUCCUAGUGCAGCACAAGAUCCAGCAACACCAACGACGCCAAAUCGUCAGAUGCCGCAAAACCUCGUUUUUACAACCUCAGGAGACAAUUCGACGCAGUCGCUAGUUUUUGCUGCGACAAGUCCAAUUAGUCCACUCAGUCCAUUGGCAAUGGAUGUCUCUCAGGACGUUUGUUCUAGUCCCGCGGCAACCUCGCCACCACCGCCUCCGCCUCCUCCACCACCAUUACCUCUUGCCACAUUUUCGGUACAGUUGCCAACUGAACUGCAACAACUUCAGGAACAGGAUCGAGAUCAUCAACAGGAAGAUAUAGUGCAAUAUAAUGCCGAUCUUUUAUCCUCCGCUGAAAGUGCCUUAGACGCUGCGAUGCUCCUGAGUCCACAGUCGAUACAAACAGGAUCUCCCGAGUCACUGUCUCCCCAAGAAGUGACCUCGUCAGAUAAUGCUAAUCUAGACCUGAGGGAGCUUGGUCUUGAUUUGGAGACACUGGACACAAUGGAUUUUGGCCAGUUGGAAUGUGACUUGGGUGUGAAAAUGUCAACACCUCAGGAGCUAAUGGAUAUCGGGGAUAUGCAAAUGGACAUGGACUCAGACUGGCUUGAUUCUUUGAUGCCUCAGUCACCACCCCCUUCGACGAGCACGAUUCAUCGAUUAAGUCCGCCACCAGUUCAUACGUCGAACGAUUUCUACGAUCCACUCUUGGCCAACAGUCAAGAUCCCUUCGAACUUUUCGGCAUGGAGGACACAGACUUCAAAAUGAGCUCCGAUCUCUCGUUAACCUGGGACAAAGUUGACUUCGCCACCUAGCCGGAGGUGCUCCAUCGACAUUCAUUCUUGUGUACUUAACUAGGGAAGAUAUUAGCAAAGACUUGAUCGGACACGUGAAUGAUUUUGGUGCAGCAUUCAGCUAAUAGACUGGCACUAUCACACAUGUUCCAAGCAUCUCAUCAAACAUUUUUGCCACUUUUAUAUACUCCACCCAGCGAUCGAGCAGCUCAAACUGGAACAGUGCAUACUAAUGUGUUUUUAGUGGCCUAGGGAGUGUGGUUACCUUGGGCUGUAUCAAACUAGGUAAUUAUAGAAUAAUUAUCCUAAGGAACAAAAGUUCGCGAUAAGAAUUACAGAAAUAAUUAUACCUUUAAUUUAUAAGUUAUUAAAGAACCUAUCCAAAGCAAAUGGUUCAGUAGAAACAGAAUUGAUGCGGUAAGGUCAUUCGGGUGUCCAAUAAAAAUUGGAACUUUUCAAUUUGGCAAACGCUACCCUCUACCUUUUUUUUUCCUUUUUGGUGAAAAAAUACUGCCAUCAGUUUUCAUUUAUUAGAAAAAAAAUAUUGUUUAUCAGUGUCGGGUCUGCAAAUUUAUUUUCUUAGUUUUAAAAAAUAACAAUUAAAGGAUAUAAAUUCCUUUACCUGUAGAAAGUAUGUCUUAUUUAUCAAGAAAUAAGCCCUGACUUGUAUGGAAAAAAAAUGUUCAUUACAAUUAAUGGUUUGAAAAAAUUUUUAUUUCUGAAAUAAUAAUUACUACCAAGUAGUAAGUUCGGUAAUUUAUACUAAAAUACACUUUUUUAUAUAGCUUGAAGAUUCCUAUAGUACUUUUAAAUUCAUUUUGUGACUUAGAUUCACU